CCGGCAGCGCCGCUACAGCUGCCCGCCGCUGCUCGCCCUCCCGCGCCGGGACAGUCGGGGCCGCCCGCGGAUAUUGGUGGCCGGUACCCAGAGGCCGGCGCUGACCGCCCGGAUCGCUCUUCCCGCAGGCUGGUUCAGAGACAGACCUUUGCCAUGGGGCCAGCGACUGCUCUCUGCCUCCUUCUGCUCGUGCUCGGCGGCUCAGAGACCAAGCGCACUGCAGAGUCCAGGAAUGAUGAUAACAGCGUCUUCGAUCUCUUUGAGCUCAUUGGCUUCAUGCGGAAGGGAGCCGGGCGCCGGGCCCCCGGGGUGUACCUGGUGAAGGGACCAGAAUCCUCCAGCCCUGCUUACCGCAUUGAAGAUGCCAGUCGCAUCCCUGCUGUCCCUGACUCGAAGUUCCAAGACUUAUUAGAUGCCAUCCAUGCUGAGAAGGGCUUCAUUCUCCUGGCUACUCUCAGACAAGCCAAGAAGAGCAGAGGCACACUGCUCUCCGUGGAACAGAAAGACGGCUCUGGUCAUGUCUUCAGUCUAGUAUCAAAUGGCAAGGCAGGCUCCCUGGACCUGAGCCUUUCUGUUGAUGGCAAGCAGCAGUUAGUGUCAGUAGAGGAUGUCUUGCUAGCUACAGGACACUGGAAGAAUAUCACCCUGUUUGUGCAGGAGGACCGAGCUCAGCUCUAUGUGGGGUGUGAGAAAAUGGAGAACGCUGAACUGGACAUCCCCAUCCAGAACAUCUUCACUAGGGACCUGGCCAGCAGUGCCAUGCUCCGUAUUGCCAAAGGGGGAGUCAAUGACAACUUCCAGGGUCUGCUGCAGAAUGUGCGGUUUGUGUUUGGAACAACUCUGGAAACUAUCCUGCGGAACAAAGGCUGCUCCAGCUCCACUAGUGCAAUCAUUACUUUGGACAACCCCAUCAAUGGUUCCAGCCCAGCUAUCCGCACUAAUUACAUUGGCCAUAAAACAAAGGACAUCCAAGCAGUCUGUGGAUUUUCCUGUGAUGAGCUGACAAAUAUGUUUGUGGAACUGCAAGGGCUACGUUCCAUGGUUACAACACUUCAAGACAGAGUUCGAAAAGUGACUGAAGAAAAUGAAAUCAUUGCCAAAGUAGUCCAGAUCACUCCUGGAGCGUGCAUUCAUAAUGGAGUCUUGCACAAAAAUAAAGAGGAGUGGACUAUUGACAGCUGCACUGAAUGUACUUGCCAGAACUCUGCCACUAUAUGCCGGAAAGUGUCCUGUCCUCUCAUGCCUUGUUCCAAUGCCACUGUGCCUGAUGGGGAGUGCUGCCCUCGGUGCUGGCCUAGCGACUACGCAGACGAUGGAUGGUCUCCUUGGUCUGAAUGGACCUCGUGUUCUGUGACCUGUGGGAAUGGGAUUCAGCAGAGAGGCCGCUCCUGUGACAGUCUCAAUAACCGCUGUGAAGGCUCCUCUGUACAGACUCGGACUUGCCACCUUCAGGAGUGCGAUAAGAGAUUUAAACAGGAUGGUGGCUGGAGUCACUGGUCACCAUGGUCAUCAUGUUCUGUCACUUGUGGCACGGGCAUCAUUACUAGAAUUCGCCUUUGCAACUCUCCAGUACCACAGCUGAAUGGCAAACCUUGUGAGGGUGAAGCAAGAGAAAACAAAGCCUGCCAGAAAGAUCCUUGCCCAAUUAAUGGCAACUGGGGACCAUGGUCUCCAUGGGAUGCUUGCACAGUGACAUGCGGAGGAGGACUUCAGAAGCGAAGCCGUCUCUGCAAUAAUCCCGAGCCUCAGUAUGGUGGGAAGACUUGUGUAGGUGAAGCUAGAGGGACUCAGGUCUGCAACAAACAGGACUGUCCAAUUGAUGGGUGUCUUUCUAAUCCCUGCUUUGCGGGGGCUGUGUGCACCAGUGCCCCUGAUGGUUCCUGGAAGUGUGGUGCCUGUCCUGCUGGCUACCAUGGUGAUGGUAUUCACUGCCAAGAUAUUGAUGAGUGCAAAGAGGUUCCUGAUGCCUGCUUUGUCUUCAAUGGAGUGCACAGGUGUGAGAAUACUGAACCUGGGUACAACUGUCUGCCCUGCCCACCACGUUUCACUGGAACACAGCCAUUUGGCCGCAGUGUUGAGGAUGCCAUGAGUAACAAACAGGUCUGCAAGCCACGUAAUCCAUGCACAGAUGGAACACAUGACUGCAACAAGAAUGCCAAAUGCAAUUACCUUGGCCACUUUAGUGACCCCAUGUAUCGCUGUGAAUGUAAACCAGGCUAUGCUGGCAAUGGCAUAAUCUGUGGAGAAGAUACUGACUUGGAUGGAUGGCCAAAUGAGAACCUGGUUUGUGUUGCCAAUGCUACUUACCACUGUAAAAAAGAUAACUGCCCUAAUCUGCCUAACUCAGGGCAGGAAGACUAUGAUAAGGAUGGGAUUGGUGAUGCCUGUGACAGUGAUGAUGAUGAUGAUGGCAUUCCUGAUGACCGGGACAACUGUCCAUUCAUCUACAACCCACAGCAGUAUGACUACGACAGGGAUGAUGUUGGUGACCGCUGUGACAACUGUCCCUACAAUCACAACCCUGAUCAAACUGACACUGACAACAAUGGAGAAGGAGAUGCAUGUGCAAUAGAUAUUGAUGGAGAUGGGGUGCUUAAUGAAAGGGACAACUGCCAGUAUGUCUACAAUGUAGACCAGAGGGAUACAGACUUGGAUGGUGUUGGAGAUCAGUGUGAUAACUGCCCACUGGAACACAACCCUGAUCAGGAAGACACCGAUUCUGAUCGCAUAGGUGAUCAGUGUGACAACAACCAGGACAUAGAUGAAGAUGGUCAUCAAAAUAACCUUGAUAACUGCCCCUAUGUGCCCAAUGCCAAUCAAGCUGACCAUGACAAGGAUGGAAAAGGUGAUGCCUGUGACCAUGAUGAUGACAAUGAUGGUAUCCCUGAUGACAAAGACAACUGCAGAUUGGUUGCCAACCCAGAUCAAGCUGAUUCUGAUGGUGAUGGACGUGGAGAUGCCUGCAAAGAUGACUUUGACCAAGACAAUGUGCCAGAUAUUGAUGAUAUCUGCCCUGAAAAUGUGGAAAUUAGUGAGACUGAUUUCCGAAAAUUUCAGAUGAUUCCCCUGGAUCCUAAAGGAACAUCCCAAAAUGAUCCAAACUGGGUUGUUCGUCACCAGGGUAAAGAACUGGUUCAGACAGUCAACUGUGACCCUGGCCUUGCAGUUGGUUUUGAUGAAUUCAAUGCUGUGGACUUCAGUGGUACCUUCUUUAUCAAUACAGAAAGGGAUGAUGAUUAUGCUGGCUUUGUAUUUGGCUACCAAUCUAGCAGUCGUUUCUAUGUUGUCAUGUGGAAGCAGAUCACCCAGUCUUACUGGGACUCCACACCAACCAAAGCUCAAGGCUAUUCAGGUCUCUCCAUCAAAGUAGUGAAUUCCACCACUGGUCCAGGAGAGCACCUUCGUAAUGCUCUGUGGCACACAGGAAACACUCCUGGCCAGGUGAGAACUUUGUGGCAUGAUCCUCGUCACAUAGGCUGGAAAGACUUCACUGCAUACAGAUGGCGACUUAGCCAUAGACCAAAGACUGGCUACAUCAGGGUUGUAAUGUAUGAAGGGAAGAAAAUCAUGGCGGACUCAGGACCAAUCUACGAUAAAACCUAUGCUGGUGGUCGGCUAGGAUUAUUUGUCUUCUCUCAAGAAAUGGUGUUCUUCUCAGACCUUAAAUAUGAAUGCAGAGAUUCAUAAUCACAAGAUUGUUGGAUUCAGAGACUAUUUAAAAAUGCUGGUAAUUGCACCUUUUGAAACGUUUAGCCUUACAAAUCCUGGGACCAUUAUAUUAUUCCUUCCUUUCUUCUUUCUGCAUAAAUGUGGACUCGAAACACAUGACCUGCCUCAAGAGAAUGCUUUUGAGAGAAUGAAAGUGAGAACAUACUUGGUAUCUGACCUCUGCUGAAGUGGAAGGAAACAAAUGUGUCUUGCAAAUGAGAAUUGUCGUCACUGAACAAGCACACUUCUUUCAGUAGGAAAGACAUUUGUUUGCUGUUUAUCACAGUGCAGAGUCACUGCCUCUCUAACUGGAGGUCCCAUGGAGUAGCAUUUUGUAAAAGAACAUCUUUGGAUGUGCUGUGGACUACUUAAACUGAAGACCUUUCAUUGUGUGGGGACGAGGGAGUUUGGGUGGGAGGGGGAACUCUAGGUCUUUCUUUAUGGGGUAGAGAAUUUUUUUUAAGGAAGGCUGUGCUACUUUGGUUUACAUCCAUUUAACUUGGAGAAAUUGUUUUCUAUGUCAUACCUUUCAGAUAAAACAUAGCCUUACUCUGUGGUGAGCUAGAUCAGCUGCUGUACUACACAGGACAAAACAGAGAUCCUAAAACUGAUUUCUGUCAUGGCAGGAGGGAAAGAGGGUAAAAACUGGUACACUGGAUCACACCAGCUUUCGGAGAACUGGGAUUUAUGAUUAGAUUCUGUUUUUUCCUGAUUUAGAUGCUGGCCUUGCUUACCUUCAAAUGUGUUCUUUCAGAUAUGGUGCCAGAAAGCACCACCAUCUCAGCUAGCACUGUGCUGUCCUUCAGGAAACCAGCACAUGCUUCACUUUUUAUGGUUAAAGAGGCACAAAAAUAAUGAAAUGAAAACAUUCCUUUUCUACAUGCCAUAGAUGUUUUAAACCCCUCGCUUCUUUAGAGGGGAGGAAAAAGGGGCCUGUAGAUAAAAUUGUAAAAUAUUUAUUUUUGCCUAUUCUUGAUGUUAUAAUGACUGAGGGAUUAUUGAUUAAAACAAGAAGAAAUGCGUCAAGACUAUCCACCUAAUCAUUGUUACAAGUCUUCAUGACUGUAAGAUUGUAAAUACAGAUUAUUUAUUGUCUCUGUUCUAUACUGAAACUAGAGAGGGUUUAGUUGAGGAAAAAAAGUCUUGUCUGGAGCAAAUAGUGGUGAUGUAUUUGUUACAAAGAGCAAUUUUCCCAUAAAGGCUUUGAGGCACAAGGAAAACUGAGGGUGUGGGCAAUGGGAUGUUUGUUUUUCUCAGUCUGAGCUCAAUGUUGGCUUUUCCUUUCUUUGUGCAAGGCAGUUGAUAGCCUGGUAGGCAACUGUUCUGCAGUGCCAAAAUUCAAAAUCCUUUUAGAUAGUAGCAGUUUCUGUCCCAUCCAUAGCACUAGAGGUGAGGGAAUGCCAUUCACCCUUUCAGUGUUCUCUGGUGCUGGGAAAUGUCUGUGAUGCUUUACCUGUGGUCAGUGGGCCUGGCAGAGCCAGGAGGGCUGCCCUGAGGAGAUUGCAGUGGGAGGCACAAGGACAGCCCUCAAUAACCCUGUAAGGGGCUCUCUGGGCCGCUGCAUGCUCAGAUUGGAACUAGUGACAUGCAGCUACAAGAGAAGGAAUUGAUCACAGACUCGACAAUUUCACGAGCUCCUUGCAAAAGAGGGAGAGGCCUUGAUGUACAUUAAAAGACUGUUUUCCCCAGCAGAAGGGGCAGCAUCCUUAUACCUAUAAUAUUUCCUUGUCUUUUCAAAACAUAAAAAGAAAUGAACAUGGUGAAAGUUUUACGUACAAAUAUUACCUCAUUGUUGUGUGACUGAGAAAAACCUUUGGAGCAAGCAGAGUUCAAAUGUCUAACAAACUUUAAAGCUACUGUAGUACUAAAAAGUUAAUGCUGUACAUAGUAAAAAUUUCUUUGCAGAAAAUGUAUUCCCAGAAAGGAAAUGGCAUUGGAAAAAAAAAAGUCAAAUACAAUUUCUAAUGUUGUAUUAUAUUUUUUCCUGUCAUCUUGUAUACCAUUGCUUGUAUUUUUAUAAAUUAUUUUUCUCAUUGCCAUUGUAAUAGUUAAUCACAUAAUUGUGUGGAUAGGCUAUUUAAAUAAUUUAUCAUGAAAUGCUACCUGUAGAGUUAGUAUUUCUAUUUUUAUAAAAAGUUUGCACACUGAAGAUUUUUUUGCUUCCCUCCUCCCAAUGUUUUUGCUAGCAUAAUUUUCUAAGAACAUGCUUUUUUUGUAAACAUUUUUAACCAUUUUUCCAUUCUAAAGUUGUGUAAGUUGUACAAUAAAGCUUCUUACAUACAAAGAACAAUAAACCACCAAGGACAUUUAUAUUUA